AGCCCGCCCUUCGCGCGCGCUGGUCACGCUCGCCGCCUAAAGUCCGGGCGCGGAAGUGCCCUUGUGGUCCCACCUGCCGUCGCUCUGAAAAGCACCCACAUUCAACCCCGAAAGCGGGACCUGGCCCCGCUAUGGACGGGCAGCGGGGCCUCGGAGGCCAGGCGACCCUCCCGCUCGCCCACGCGCAUUUCGAGAAGGGCGAAUAUGCCGAGGCCGAGGCGCUGUACUCCGCGUACAUCUGCCAGCGCGACCGGCCAGCCUCAGGAAGAGCGGGUCCCGGAAGCAAAUGCUGCCCUGAGGAUUUGGCUACUGCGUAUAACAACAGGGGGCAAAUCAAGUACUUGAGGGUUGAGUUUCACGAAGCCAUGGACGACUACACAUCUGCCAUAGCCGCCCAGCCCAAUUUUGAAGUUCCGUAUUACAACCGAGGGCUGGUACUGUACAGGCUAGGAUAUUUUGAUGAGGCUUUGGAAGAUUUCAAGAAAACAUUACACAUAAAUCCUGGAUUUCAUGAUGCCGUUUUGAGUUUAAAACAAACUCUUCUUGACAAAGAAGAAAAACAAAGAAGAAAUUAUUGAAAAAGUACUGAAAUUUUUAACUUAAUUGAUCCUUAUGCCUGCAUCCAAUUGUUUCAGAUUUAGCAUAGGUAGUAACCUAUUUUGAUUUAUAUGUCAGAUAACAAUAUUCAUACAUUAGCACUGAAAGGUAAAUAAUGUGAGGUAGUUUCAAAUAUAGGAAAUAUUUGCUAACUAGAUAUGCUUUUUAUAAGCAUAUGUGAUGCCAAUGUAUAAUUAUGAAUGACUAUUAAGAAAAUACUUAAAGGAAUGUAUGAUGUAUUCAGUGAAACAUUUAUUUUUGCCAAUUUUUUCUUGUAAACAUUUUACAUUUACAGAAAAAGUGAGAGAAAAAUACAACAAAUGCCUGUAAGCGCUUCACUUACGAAAUUUGAUAGUUGACAUUGUAUCAUACUUGCCUUUCCUUUUGUAAUUUAAAUAUGUAGCUGCUUUUUGCUGAAGUACUUGAAAAUAAAUUAUAGAGAUCUGCAAAGCUUCA